AUGUAAUAUAUCUAGGACCACCAUUUCUCCCCGCUUCCUAGAUAUGUACGUUACAUGUAAUAUAUCUAGAACCACCAUUUCUCCCCGCUUCCUAGAUAUGUACGUUACAUGUAAUAUAUCUAGGACCACCAUUUUUGCCCGCUUAUCAAGCAUAUAUGUUUACUCUGGGGUAUGUAACUUUAAGAAAAUCGUUGUGCACUUGAAAGAACAGGAACACAAGGUCAUCUGCAUAUUCAGAUAGUUGUCAGGAUUUCUUUCUUAGUUUCUCAGUCAAUCGUACCUUUUCCAUUUUACUUGUUAGGUGGAAUUGUCUAAAUUCACAUUAAAGGAUCGCCAAGUUAUUUUGAAAACGUUAACGAUGCAAGGUCUCACUUAAUCAUGUUUCAUAUAUUAAUAUCAUUACUGGGUAAUAUUUCCCUCUUAUCACAUGACGGUGUUCCAAUUUCCUCGAGAGGUAGAACAUUACCUUCGCAAUUAGGCAGGUCGUGGUUAUGAGUAUGGCCACAAUGGAAGCUGGGUGGUUUUGUCGGAGUGUACUUGUAAUAUUCUUCCAGUGCCAUGUGUUUGUUCAGAUGCCUCUACAUUCAUCAAGCAAAGGAGGUAUCGCAGUGAGUUAUCGGGUGGAAAAAUGAAUGCCAACCUCACAGCCUCUAGCCAGUGAAAUGAUACUGUUAAAACCAACAUCAGCUGACGCCUGCCACAAGAGUUAUACAGAAUAAUCGUAUUUCACAAGACAUAGUUUAUCAACAGGACACCUCCCUAGGAAAUCCACCAAUACUGUAAGUAGUAGUGGUAAUGAUGGCAUGAACUGAGGUACAAAAUGAUAUGUUUAUCUUUCAAUUUUUUAUUUUAAUUCCACAUGUUGAUGAUGUAAUAUCAGUGGGCAUUAAUACAUUACAAGGUUCCAUACAGUAUUACAGAGUCAGUCAUCCGCCUUUGCAUUCUCAACUUCCUGGGCAUCACGCUAAUGGGUGACUCUCUACAAGUCUAUUUUAGUCUCGCAUCCACCAAUUGUUUCCAUGUGUAUGUACUGGUAACUAUAUAUGUCUGUAUUAUCAGUUUCAGUUUCAUAAUGACCAUCUUCGUGAUCCUCUGGGUAGUUGGCUUUGUUACUAUUGGAGCCGUUCCAUGCCAUCACACCCAACACUGUUCAGACUGUGACAGAGAGACGGGGGAUUGCCUCACUGAGUGUGACACUGGGUAUUACGAUCCACAAUGCAACUCUACCUGCAGCAGGAACUGUGUUAAUAACACAUGCAUGCUGUCAGAACAUGCUAGCGAUAACUGCACUGAGGGUUGUGUGCCAGGUUAUUCUGGCAUUGGGUGCCACAUACCAUGUGACAGUCCAGGAGGUAACUGUACAGCAUGUCCAGGUGGUUGUGAUGGAGGAUACUGUCAGCUGGGGUCAUCCUGUGUGUCUGGAUGUGUAGACUCCUACUACGGUACUGACUGUGAUACUGGAGAAGACGUCGGGAUCCUGGUGGGACUAUCUGCAUCACUAGCUACAGCAUCAGUUCUCGUCAUUGUUAUCGUCGUCGUUGCUGUGUUCUGGUGUUGUCGACCUUUGAGAAGAGACAGGUUCCAGCUGUACGUCACUCCUACCCAGGACAUGCAUGCCCCAACAGAGAAUAUUGAUGCACCUCAGUACGCUGUCGUUGAUGAAGCAGGGAUGUACGAUGUGCCUUCUUGUCAGGGAAAACCAGCCUACCCUAGCCGUUCUGACUAUGAACUUGGUACAGCAUUCAAACACACCACGUGUCCUAGUCCCUGUUGACAGUUGAAUCCGAAACGAGAUAAGAAAUAUGUGAACGUUUAAGUGUUCCGUCACGUGUUCUAGAAAUGCAUAACACAUCUUGGAGCACGCAGAUAGAGCCGUUGCCAUGUCUACUGGAGGCAAAUGUUUGAGAUGGAAUAUCUAUUGUUUGAUGCAGGAUGCAUGCCACGACAUUUGUAAAUGUACACUUUUAACGACAUUCAUAUCCAUGUGAUUACAAGAAUCAACACAACUUUAAUAUACUAAUGUUCAUAGAGCUACUUAAACUAUUUCUGUCCAGUAAAACGUAUUACACUGAUCUCAUCAUGGAAACUGUUCAAGCUUCAGUUUAAUCCUUUGACAGCAGUGUAAUCUCAUAUAUAUGUGUGUUCCUCAUAUCACGCGGUCUGAUGUGUAUAAGCGUUAGAUAAUGUUUUAGUCUGUAUUUCAUUGUUAUGAACAUUCCUGAAUUAUGUCCGUUUUGUUUAAAUGGGCUGUAAAAUUGCUGCGACCCUGAUUUGUAUUAAUCUGAAAGAAACUGGAACUGUUGCUUCUUCCGGAUUUAGCAAUAGCCCGUCAACGCGGUAUUCAUAACUUACACAUGGCACAAUUGUGUCACAGUUACAAGCAAGCUUAAAGUGUUUCCGUCAUGUUUGUACUGAAGUACAUUUAUCACCCCCUGGAUACACCAGCUUUGACUCUCGGUUUUAGAGGGUGAAACAGAUUCUCUGCGCUCUAGCGAUAUUAUUAUGUUUAUUUUUUGCUUGUGUUAAGAAUUUUGAGUUUGCUACUUUUAAUGUAUUUACCUGGGAAAUAAACAUACUACAUACAGUCA